AAGAAGAUAUGGCCAAAAUACCGGGACUGCGCCAGUGGUGGCGAGCUCCUCGGGUUGGCAUGUUUUUCUUCACCAAAAUUCAUAUUUUUUCAUCCCAAAUACUUAUCAUAAACUCUCUAACAAUUAUUAGAAACAUCCGGAAGGUAUUGCAAAGAAAGUUCGGCGUUGGAAUGUUGAAGUUAGUGAGUUAAUCGUCGGAAUCAUGUUCAUCGACAUACCCGAAAUUCCGGACAGCAACUUUCUAGUGACUUCAAGUCCGAUUUACGCUAUCUUACAUAUGUUAAAACGAAAUACUUUCUAUACGAAAGUUGUAGCCUUACAUCUUAGGAAUCCACAGAAUCAAACGGUUUGCAAUUCCGUGCAGAAACGAUGGAGAUAUGCCCAAAUUACCGCUGGUUGUCCAGUUGUGACGGAAAUGACAAAGUUGGCAAAUUUCGAUGUUGUUUCCACUCCCGCUCAUCCAGGUCUGUACCUUUGCGUUAGACUUGUCGAAUCAUUCAUCACAUGCGUACAUGAACAUAUAUGUUAAUCCAUAUGUUGAAAUCAUCCCAAAAAUAAAUAUGUGAUACAUAUGAGUAUUAGAAAUGCUUCAACUACAUAGAUUGUUAAUCAUAAGUGUUAAAAUAACUCAAAGAAGUAUUUUAAAUAUCCAAAAAUAUCAAAAAUAGGAUUUGCACACCUGAACGGUCGACGUAAACGGUCAACCGUCGUAUUAAACAUUGAAACGAAACAAGAUUGUCAGACAAAUGGUCAACCGCCGGUGGCCAACGGUCGACCGCCGCCUGCCCAGUCAAGACCGUCGUUUUUCCUCCAGUCAACAACGGUCGACCGCCGGUCAACCGCGGUCGACCAUCACGGUGAUUCUCCAAACUCGACGCGAUGAAUUUCGCGGUCGACCGUUCCGAGCCCCGUAGCUUAAUUAAAUGAUAUUUUUAUCAGAUUACAUCCAAAUAAAAUAAAGUAUAUUUAUCCAA